CGCUCACUCAAGCAGCAGCAGCCGCCGACAUGUCUGCCAAGAUCGUUCUCUCCGUCGCGGUGGUGGCCGCCCUGACCACGGCGGCGCUGGCCGGCGUGCACGGCAACAGCUACAUCGAGAUCGCCCAUACCCCCGUGGUUCACCACGCCCCCAUCGUCCACCACGCCGUCCCCGUCGUCCACGCCCCCGUCCACCAUGAGGAGCACCACGGCCCCCCCUCCCCCUACGCCUUCAAGUACGGCGUCCACGACGCGCACACCGGUGACGUGAAGAGCGCCUCCGAGUCCAGCCACGGCGGCGUGGUCAAGGGCGAGUACUCCCUGGUGCAGCCCGACGGCAUCACCAGGACCGUGCACUACACUGCCGACCCCCACCACGGCUUCAACGCCCACGUGAGCCUGUCCGGCCACGCCGUCCACGGCUACCACCAAAUCUGCCAAAAUCCCGAAUCACCACUCACCUCUCUCCUCCUGAGCCGAGCAGACCCACUGCACCCUCUCCUCAACAUGCAGUCCUUCACGGUCGUGGUCGUGCUGGCGGCGCUGGUGGCGGUGGCAUCGGCCGGGCUCGUCCCCACCUACGUGGCGACCGCGGCCCACGGCUACGCCCACGAGGAGUACGACGCCCACCCCAAGUACUCCUUCAAGUACGGCGUCCACGACGCGCACACCGGCGACGUGAAGAGCGCCUCCGAGUCCCGCGACGGCGACGUGGUCAAGGGCGAGUACUCCGUGGUCCAGCCCGACGGCAUCAUCCGCACCGUGCACUACACCGCCGACGACCACAACGGCUUCAACGCCGUGGUCACCAACUCCGGGCACGCCGUGCACGCCGCCGUCCCCGUCGUCCACCACGCCCAGCCUGCUCUGGCACUCACGCACUACUAAGUCAAAAACGAAAACACAUAAAAACAGAAUAAACCCUUUAUUUUCGACUUAAA